UGUGGAGAACGACGCGUGCGCGUGGUGUCGGUGUGUCGAAGAGCGUGACCUGUAACCUGAGGUCGCCGCAGUGACAUGACGUCGGUGCCAGCACUCGGGUCGGCCUCGGUCAUAGUGCGCGGCCACAGCGCGGCCAGUGCCCAUAAUGUCAUCACCUCGUCUCAGCAGCCCACCUCGACGGUCGCCGAGGUGGACCUGCAGCAGACGCCCGCCCUCUCUCCUGUGGAUUCGUCCAUGCUCGGUCACUUGUGCGCCAUCUGCAACGACAAGGCCACCGGCAAGCACUACAACGCCAUCUCGUGUGACGGCUGCAAGGGCUUCUUCCGCCGGUCGGUCAGGAAAAACCAGAAGUACACCUGCAGGUACAGCCGGAAUUGCAUGGUGGACAAAGAGAAAAGAAACCACUGUCGCUAUUGUCGACUGAAGAAAUGCUUUCGGGCCGGUAUGCGAAAAGAAGCCGUGCAGAACGAGCGGGACCGAAUCAGCGCCCGUCGGCCGAGUUUCGAAGACUCGUCUCAUAGUGCGCUGUCCGUGCAAGUGCUGCUCAACGCUGAGCGUAUGUCGCGCCAGAUCGACCCCACGUGGGCCGGCUGUCGGGAGACGGACAUCAGCGACAAACAAAUUGCCACGCACGCCGACGUCUGCGACUCAAUGCGGCAGCAGCUGCUGAUCCUGGUGGAGUGGGCCAAGUGCAUCCCUGCCUUCCUGGAGCUGACGCUGGAUGACCAGAUCGCGCUGCUGCGGGCUCACGCUGGUGAGCACCUGUUACUGGGCGCCUCCUGGCGGUCCCUGCAUCUCAGCGGCUGCGUCCUGCUCGGCAACAGGAGUGUCGUCACCCGAGGCUCUCAAGCCGAGGUGGACCUGCAACAGACGCCCGCCCUCUCUCCUGUGGAUUCGUCCAUGCUCGGUCACUUGUGCGCCAUCUGCAACGACAAGGCCACCGGCAAGCACUACAACGCCAUCUCGUGUGACGGCUGCAAGGGCUUCUUCCGCCGGUCGGUCAGGAAAAACCAGAAGUACACCUGCAGGUACAGCCGGAAUUGCAUGGUGGACAAAGAGAAAAGAAACCACUGUCGCUAUUGUCGACUGAAGAAAUGCUUUCGGGCCGGUAUGCGAAAAGAAGCCGUGCAGAACGAGCGGGACCGAAUCAGCGCCCGUCGGCCGAGUUUCGAAGACUCGUCUCAUAGCGCGCUGUCCGUGCAAGUGCUGCUCAACGCUGAGCGUAAUGUCCGCGCCAGAUCGACCCCACGUGGGUGAACGGACAUCAGCGACAAACAAAUUGCCACGCACGCCGACGUCUGCGACUCAAUGCGGCAGCAGCUGCUGAUCCUGGUGGAGUGGGCCAAGUGCAUCCCUGCCUUCCUGGAGCUGACGCUGGAUGACCAGAUCGCGCUGCUGCGGGCUCACGCUGGUGAGCACCUGUUACUGGGCGCCUCCUGGCGGUCCCUGCAUCUCAGCGGCUGCGUCCUGCUCGGCAACAGGAGUGUCGUCACCCGAGGCUCUCAAGGUCAGCGGCGCCGGCGCCCGCGGCCAGACCCGCCGGUAGCGGCCGGAAAGACACGAUACGGGGUUUUGUCAGGCUUGUUCUCAAAUGAUCCCUGAGUUGUCAUGGCGGCGGCUGCUCUUAAAGGCAGUUCUGGGCUGUGGGUGGCGCAGGUGUGUGAGUUGGCGUUAGAUUAGAUAGAGUUGGGAAUAGAGUUGGCGAUAGAGUUGGGAACUGAUGUUCGGCACUCGGCAUCCGUACCUCUUAUCCUGUACCUCGCUUCAUCCUGCAUCCUCGCGGCACUCCGCUUGUCUGGGGCAGGCUGCAGGCGUCAGUCACGAAUGGGCUGAGAGCCCCGUGGGAAGGUGGACCUCGACUGGAUCCAGCGCGCAUGUGCGGGUUAAAGCACGGCGGUUGGCCCCCCAGGAGAAUGCAAGUCUGCCCCACCGUUAACCAUUUUCCUUCAUCCCAUAGCCCUGAAAUGAUCAUUUCUGGUCGGAAGGGCUCUAAUCCAGAAAAACAACCUCGGCCCGCGAGGCAUGCAUGCAUGUGGUGAUGUUUUUUGGCGGAUCUUUGUAGUUGAGAUAGCUAAGAAAUCCGUGCAUAUGAUCGUAUAUGUGUGUCUGUGGAUGCUGUUUCAUUGAGGUGCAAAUUCUGGAUGCGUAGGUGGGUACAAUGUGUGUGAUGGGCAAAAGUAUUGAACCCAUUAAAAUUUAAGAUCUUUGUGUUUACUCACCGUAAUCAAUGAUGAUGCGGUGAAGUUUUGAGUUUGCACCUUCAGCAUUGUUAAGUUCUUACCAUCACAUGAAGUUUCUGUCAUCAUCCUUCAUUUUUAGUCCCAAACAGUAAAUGACCUUCCUUUUCAGAACAAAAGAGUCGUAUAUUAAAACAAAAUAAGCACGCCAUUUACGCCUACCAGGAUGUCAUAUGCGUUACAAACGUAAACGGAGGGGACUGAUCUUUCUAACCUAUGCCAGUCUUAGCCUGUUCUGUAGAGAGGCCCAAGCGUCCUUCGAUAUGAGGCGAUGUCAUAGACACCGUAGACGGAUUACCAAAAUCAUGCUGUUAAGCCACUGAGAAUGCGUUCAACACUGAGAAUACGCUCACCACUAACUCCUAGGAAGUAAUAAACGAUCACGAAUCCGUGAUAUGCUUGCACCAUCCUUACUCUGCGCUUUUUUAAAAAGAGGGUUAAGAAGUGUUGGGUUAAGAAUGAUGAUCUGCUGGCUCACAAAUCGGUCCAUGAUUGUCAUUAUCUAACGGGCCAGUUCGAGCCACUUUUAAACAGGCGCGCGCGUAGAACUGGCUCGGUUUUGGGAUUUGUCAAGAAAACUGCGGGCGCCAAGACGGUGCUCGACUCUUGGAGGACCGCCCACCGAGCGUUGGCCGUGGCAGCGCCGCACGAGCCGUCUGACCGCACAGCUGACGCGCCUGGGCUCGGCGGCACGGUCAAAUGUACAGCACUGGGGCAUCGGAAU